CACUUAACGUUGUAACAUAGUGUUGGUGUUACUUUUCUUUAUAUGUUUAUUUUCUUUGCACUUUGUUCUUUAUAUGUUUCUUUUAUACCAGAGCUGCUUACUCACUGCUUAAACCUGUAAAAUGGCCUAUCCUCCAAGCAAACGCCUUCGAGGGUUUCACAAUGAGAACCCGGUGGAUCUGGACUCUUUCGGUGACGACGAAGACUUCACUCAGGAUGAUCUGGAAGAGAUCGACAUCAUCGCAUCACAGGCCAUUAUAAGAGAUGCUCAACCCACCCACAGCAAGAGAACGUUCGAUUCCAUUUCUGCACAUCCAGCAGAGCAAAACAAAGCGCCUGUGAGGGAGGGCAGGAAAACCUUUGCACUUGGAAACAGCCAUCCAAACAGCAGCAGCAGCAGCAACAGCAGCAGCAGCAGCAACAGCACGAGCCUUAAAAGACACGAAGCAUGUGGAAACGGCCCAGACCGAGAUGAGCUUUACUACAGCAGACUGGAGGCACAGCAAGCGGAGUUAAAGAAAAAGCUGAAGGAGGUAGAGGAGCAGAUCCUGAUGAAGAACGGCGAGAUUCGUGUCUUGCGAGACUCCCUCAGACAGGCCAAUCAGGAGAAGGACCAGGAGCGACAGGCUCACCUCGACCUGGAGAGAACGAAAGCUCACGUCCAGAGUGAAAAGGAAAAAGAACUCGCAAAGAAGGUGGAGUCCCUGCAGUCCGAGUUGCACUUUAAAGAAGCCGAGAUGAACGAGAUGAAGAGCAAACUCCAGAGCUCUGAGCGCGGAGCCAGGCUGGUCGGCACCCCCGUGAGGAACAGUACAAACUCUCCGGCCGGUCGGGUGUUUGUGACCAAGGAGGCGUUCGCUGCAGAGCUGCCGGUGAGACCUUCCUCAGCCAAAGGGAAGACCGAGGGUGGAAAACGACCCCAGCCUGAAAGUGGCAGCUCAGAUCCCGCCGGUGAUUCAGAUCGCCAUCCUAAAGGUCCCGUGCUGUUAAAUCUGCUGCUGCAGCAGCGCCUGGAGCCGAGCUCUCUGGGUCUCUGUCACUUGCUGUGCGUCAGUCCGGAUGCUCUGCCUGCCGUGUUUACACGCUCAGGAUACUCUAGUUCCACAUCUUCAGUCGGUUCCAGCACUUCCUCCACAGACUUCAGGCCACUGCACCAACCUCCAUCAAACUUCUAUCAGCAUCAGAGCCUCGCCAUGUCCGCGCUGGCCAUGCUGGCUCACUCUGCGCCCACCCGGCUCUCCCAAAGAUCCUGCCACGCCGCCGUCCACUUCCUCCCUUUACUCCAGUACCACAUCGACCUGUACUGCCAGACCCUGGAAGCCGUCAGCGCGUCAGGGACGAGUCCUCUCCGAACCAGUGCGCUGUCGGGAUCCUCCGAUCGCAGCGGCGCCUCCACGGUCUCCGAGUCGCUGAGCGCUCAUGAAGAACUGGCGUUAGCGGCUAUGAGAGCUCUGUAUCACGUCGUGAACGAGAGCAGUGAAGCCGUCAGCUCCAUGUUGAACGGCCAGGAAGAGAAGGAUUCGGACAGGACGGGAAAUGCCUACUGUGGACAAAAGCAGGGACAGACUGCAGGUGAAAAGAUGACCGCAGAGGAGCUGACGUCCCAGAAUCCUCUGCUCAAGAGACUGGCACAGUUGGCGGACCUGAAGUUUGUGAGUAAUGCCAGUCGGAGGGAAUCUGUAGUGAAUUCCAGUCUCAGGACGCUGUGCGCACUCGCCGAGAGAGCUACGGAGAGACAGCUUUUGAGAUUACAGACGGUGUUAACGACUCACGCCGUAGCGCAGAACCUGUCUCUGGAGUCGGCGUGCAGUACCGUGUUUCACUGUGUGAGAUUUCUGGCUUUUAUGGUCGAUUGCGAGGACGUCGCAUCCAAGCUGUGCUCCCAUAAAUACGUGUGUCCAUUUGUUCAGCUUUUUCAGUACGUAACGGCGAGAGCAGAUAAAAGCGUGAGGGACGAGACGUGGUCUCGCCUAGAAAUUGAGACGGUCCGACUGUUGACCAAGUUGUUCACACAGACGACGUCCACGUGGGUCUCUCUCAACCACGAGUCCUCCUGCCAGUGCAGCAGUCAGGUGGUGAAGACGGUGGUGAUGGUCUUACACAGGCAGUGGUUGAGUAUAAAAGGUCAGGAGAAGCACGUGAGCCGCGAUCAGGCGUGGACGGGUCCAGGCGUCCGGUCUCUGAGAGAGACGCUCAUGUUCCUGCACUGGCUCCUCAUGAACGACUCCUCGUUCUCCGUGCACUGUCUGGACGUGCUGCACAUGUACCAUCAGAUCAUUCCGGCCAUCAGAGACACGCUGCGCAAGAUCCCCGACCUCUCCGAGAGCGAAGAACUGGCUAUAGAGGAGAUGUGUCGGCCGGAGGCGGAGGAUGUGGAGGACAUGGAUAUCGAUGCAGCCUCUUGAUGAACAUGUAAACAAGAGCAUCAGAAUGUUUAUUUGUGUUGGUUAUGUAUGUGUGUGUGUGUGUGUGUGUGUGUGUGUGUGUGUGUGUGUGUGUGUGUGUGUGUGUGUGUGUGUGUGUGUGUGUGUGUAUGUGCACAUUUCUGCUGGAUUUGUCUCAUUAACUCUUCAAAAUCAAUUCGUCAAUGUGUUGUUUUAAUGGCUGCUCAUUAAAUUCCUUCAUUAAAGUACAAAAUUGAAUCACA